GGCUCCAACUCAGGACACCUGUGUGUGUCUGCCCAGCGCUCACACUCUUGCCUGAUAACUCGCUUAAAAACUGAGGAAGGAAAAUAAUAAGAUAAUGAGUGACACAGGAAUGAAAGAAAUUCCUCUCGUGGAUGUAUACUUUCAACCAGCACUUUCGGCCAAGUUUCCAGAAGGAAGAAACGGACUGGGCCCAGGGACCCGUCUUCUGGCGGCUUCCCCGCAUGUGGCUGUCCUGGGUGGCCGAUGGGUGCUCUCAUCGUGGAUGAAGACAUGAGGGUCCCCCACACAGCACCGCCGGCCAGCGCCAGGGCUAGGAAGAGAGCCAGCCAUCCAAGUCAUUUCAAGGCCAGAUGUAGAAAACAGAGCUUCAGUAGCUGGUUGGUCAUUACAUUCACUUAAUCUCCUGGCAUCAAAAGGAUAGAAUGCCUUUAUGGACCUCCCAGAGAGGGGCCAAAAUGCCCCCAAGGGUCUUAUAUUCUAGGAGGGGACUCAGCCAGGAGACAAAUCAGGAUGGGAUGAUGAGCCGUGAUGAAUGGGCUUCUAGGAAAGGGGUCUGUGAGUCGUGCUUCAACCAAAAACAAGCUGGGUUUGGGAAGAUGAGUGAGCGUUUAUCAAGAAGGGUGCUCCAGGUAGAAGUGCCCUCCACUUGGCAGCAGGGAACCAGGGAACCAGGGUGAUGGAUGAGUCAGGCUGAGGAGGUGCCAGCAGGGCGGGGCUGCCCCGUGCACUGCUCAGGGGCCAGGCGGGACCUCUGGGUUUAUAGCAGCGGCCGGCGGCCAGGCGCAGUGGAGCUGGCCCGUGACCGCCAGCAUGCUCUGUGCGCUGCUUCUACUGCCCGGCGUCCUGGGCGCCACCCUGGCCGGCUCCAUCCCUGGCCCCGAGGAGUGUGCAGAGGGCUCGGCAGGGCCGUGUCGGGACCUGCAGGUGGCAACAAGGUGCGGGGCGGUGGGGCACUGCCGCAGCGCCAUCUGGAGCCAGCCUGUCGCCAAGCCCCUGCCCUGCGUCGUGUGCCUGGACGUGGCGGCCGCCGCCAGCAAUGGACUGAACCCUGAGGCCACGGAGACCGACGUCCUGGCCGUGGUGAAGAAGACCUGUGAGUGGCUCCCCAGCCAGGAGUCUUCGGCCAAAUGCAAGGGGAUGGUGGACGCCCACGGCUUAGCCAUCCUGACCAUGCUCGGCGGAGCCCCAGGCAGCACCCCGGCGCAGACGUGUGCGGCACUCACCCUCUGCCAGCCACGGCAGAGGCUCCCGGCCACCCCAGGGCCACUCUCCGAGGAGGACACACCCGAGGUCGCGGCCCCAUUCAUGGCCAAUGGGCCCCUCAGCUUCCACCCUCGGCGAGUCCCUGCGAGCUCGGUGUGCCAGGACUGUGUCCGGCUGGUCACCCAGCUCCAGGAUGCCAUUGGGCCCAACCUGUCCAACCUGGCAGAGGUGACCCCAAGGGAGCAGUGCACGUCCCUGGGGCUGGGCCUGGCUCCCCUUUGCAAGAACGACAUCCGCCAGUUUUUUGCCCCUACCAAGCAAACACUGAGGUUCGUGCCGCCGAAUGAGAUCUGCAGGAUGGAGGGCUUCUGUGAGGAGCCGAAGGGACCAGCCCGCUUGGCUCCCGGGGCUGCUGUGGACGGGGUCCCUUCCCUGGAGUUGGCAUGGCCGAGGAAGAAGGGCGAGGUCCAGAUGCAGGCCAGCGUGCCCUGUGAUGUGUGUCUACAGAUGGUCCAGAAGCUGGACCACUGGCUGGAAUCCAACAGCAGCAAGGUCGCCAUCAGCCAUGCCCUGGAGCGUGUGUGUUCAGUGCUGCCCGCUCCCGUGGUCCAGGAGUGCAUCAGCUUAGUAGAUGCCUACAUCCCCUCCUUGGUGGAGCUCUUGAGCAGAGUCACCCCAGAAGGGCUGUGCACGGCCAUCCGGCUGUGCGGCAGACAGCGGCGCACCCGGGCAGGGCAGGAGGGCCCCGCGACCCUGCCGCCCCUGCAGGACGCGGAGAAGCAGGACAGCAUCUGCAGGAGGUGCACGCGGCUGCUCGGCAUGUCCGCCCACAACCUGGAGCAGGAGCGCACCAAGCACCGCAUCCUGAGGGUCUUCAAGGGCGGCUGCAGCAUCCUGCCCCUACCCGUCACGGGGCAGUGUAACCACGUCAUGAGCGAUGACCCGCCCGUGUUCAUCGAGACCCUCAGGGAAAUCACGGGCCCCACGCUCCUGUGCACGAAGAUGGGCACCUGACACGCCCCCAGGGCCGAGCUGCUGGGCACCAACCCGUGCGUCCUGGGGCCGAGCUUCUGGUGCAAGAGCCAGGAGGCGGCCAAGAUGGGCGGCGCCGUGGAACACUGCCAGAGCCACGCGUGGAGAGGGACGCCCCUCCCCGCCGGAGAGCACGCGUGACCACGGCCACCCGAGACCUGGUGCCAGGGGGCACCCCUCUCCCCCGGGAGGCCCUCGUCUCCGUGAACCCCACAGGGGCCCUGCGAGGUGGGUGCUGUCCCAUCCCCACGUCACAGAUGAGAAAGGGAGACUCCCAGCAGGGAGGCUGGAAAGGAGCUGAGCUCUGUCCUGCCCACCGGGCCCCGCGGCUCUGCCCUGAUGGACUGACACAAACUGACUGCCCCGCCCCCGCGCCCCGCCCCCGCCCGGCUGAGGGCCCCAAGUCUCCCUCACUGUGCUGUGGCUGACGCUGUGGGGGGCCUGGCCGUGGCCUCUGGGGCCCCCUCUAUACCUUGCUGAUGGGGUCCUGGCUGGGGCGAGCAGUGGCAGGGCAGAGCGUGGGUGGAGAGGAGCCGCCACGGAUGGAGGCCCACCCCUCCUGUCAAACAGCUGGCGGCGGGGGUGGGCCCUAGGUCUCACCCACAACCACCAUCACUUGCUCAGGCCAGACCUCACCGCUCACUGCUCAACCUGGGGUCCCGGUGGGGGCCUCAAAGGGGCAUAUGGGGUGUGAGUGUCUGUGGACCUUUCUGGGAAGGAGGCUGAGGCUUUGACUAAAUGUCCCCAGGGGUCCUUGGGCUCAGCGCCGCCCUUCUGAUGUCACUGCCCACUGCAGGACCCUCUCCCUGUACCCCGGACUCUACGCUGCCCUGGUGGCAGGCAGAAGGAAAGCCUGGUGCCGCGCUCUAAGUGAGGAGAGGAAAAUGCGCCAGGUAAGAGCCCAUGGGGACAGCCCCGGGGGUCAGGCGCUGGUGGGCAGAUCCCUCCAGCUGUUGAGCCUGGCUUUCCUAAUCUGUAGAAUAGGGGUGAUCACACCUGUCUCAUGGGGUUGCUGGGACAGACCACUAGAGGCGAUGUCCGUGAGCUUCUCCCCGAAAGGGCCAGCAUCCAUCGGUCUGCCUGGGCCGACAAGACCCAGCUCAGGGACGCCCGGCAGAAGCUGGCUGUGCAGGGACUGAAUAAACUGCAAGCUUCCUCCAAACGGCAUUUGCUGUGUUUCAUUCUCAGGAGGCCCUGGUCCACGGGCCGCUGUGGCACCCCCUCCUUCUGGCCUCGCCCAGACAUCCCCUCCUCCAGGAAGCCUUCCUGAGGCUCCCGGCCCGGUUUAGGCGCCCGCUGUGGUUUCCCCAUCCUGUCCUAUUGCCAUCACCAGUCCCCCCAGCACACUGUGAGUCCCUCUGGGGUGGCCACGGGGCGGGACCCCCGCUGUGUCUCGUGCCCAGCGCAGGGCAGGCACAAAGUAGGUGCUGAAACAUUCGUGGGACACACACAGAAGGGUUUCAGUUGAGGCCUGGCCUGGAGAGGCCCCGUGGUCACCUUCACAUGAAUUCCUCUGGAGGAACAGAAGUGCCCAGGCCUCGGAUGAAAGAGAUCUGCGUGGGCGCCCUGCUCUGAGAAGCCACACCUGAGCUCUUAGGUAAAUCUCCUGGGCCCCAGCCAUCGCCCCAGGAAGACGGGUGUGCACGGCCUGAGUUUCCACACUCCUCAAUGCUGGUGCCUGUUGGCUGAGGCUGGGCGCACUGCUCAGCCCUGUCCCAGAGGAGGACCGAGUCCAAGAUGGCGAUCGUGCUGGCCCCCCACCGACCUGGGGGCCCGGACAUCGGCGGGGAAGGCAGCCCGGGCCAGGUUCCCAACACGGACACCUUGUGACGGAUGGACUUGGAAACUGUUGGAACUGUGCACGAGCCAACGUCUCUGGGAACAGCCCUAGAGGCUGUCGGUCUUCGGGCGCGUGUCUCCUCCUUGGGACAGGAUGGGGCUGCGGCCCCUUCUCUGGCUUGUCUGGGGGACACCUGCUGACAGUUGUGCCACAGAUCUCAGCUUCCUGGGAUGUCACUGGUCACCCACGGCGGCCUGUGAGUGGCCAGGAGGGGUGAGCACCACGUCUCCCAGGUGUCCCAUCCAUGCAGAGCUGCAAUGCUGUCCCAUCACCCUCCCCCAACCCAAAGUGACCUGUAGCAGGUGGUCAUCGCAAGGUCUACACAUGCCCUCCCUCUGCCUGCCCCACUCCCAGGCCUGGGAACCAUCUGCUCCCACUAAGCCACUUCAGAGCUGUGACUGGACAUAAGUCCAGCCAUGCACCCGGGCAUGCUGCUCAUCCAAGGACAGGGACCCCUGCUCACCUACCGAGGGCUUCCCACCCGCCCCAUGGGGCACUGUCCUGAGAGCUCUGCCUGUCUUCACUCCUCACCCUCCACAACCACCCUGAGGGAGGCACCAUUAUCACCCUGUUUCAUAGAGGUAGAAACAGAGACCAGAGAGGUUCAGUAACUGGCUCAAGGUCACACAGCCAGUAGGCAAUGGAGCCAGGAGUCCAACCCAGGCAGGAGCUGGCUCCAGGACCUGUGUUCCUGACCCUCCCACCCGCUGGUGGAGUUCAAGGCCUGACUCCACCAUUCUAGGGCCUCUGCCUCAGUUUCCCACUCCUGAGUGGAUGCCUGCACCUUCCGGGUCCUCAGCAGGACCGAUGACGAUGUAUGAGAAGGGCCCACUCGAUGGAUACAUGGGCAAGGAUGGGGGCUUUUAAACCCCUUCCUCCCAUCGGACACGUCCUUCUGCAUUUCGCGGCUGCCUCUUAAAGUGCGUUUCAUUGUUUUCUUUCUGCAUAUCUUCCUCCUAAGACGCACUGACAUUUCUCGAUCCGAUACGGCUGAUUUACUUUCCCCGAGUGAGCUAGCGUCUUAACCACUCUCUGCUGCUGCUUUCUUAUCGUUUCCCUCAUCAAAUUCCUUUUUGAUUAGAAAGCUGGGGUGGGUAAAUUAGCUGAUUGCUGCUGCAGAGGCCGUGAGAGCGAGCGUGCAGGGGCGCCAGGAUACCCGGCCGCGGGGAGCCCGCCAAGGUCUCCGCCGGGCGGACGGAGGGCUUCGGGGAAGGACUCGCUCAGCCCAGGCACGCGUGACUUCACCACCACCCCCAGACCUCUCGGCACGGCGUGUGUCUGUGCACACGCUCACGUCUGCACAGACGGUUUGCGCAGAGCCCAGAGUCAGGGCUGGGCCAGCCCCAACUCGCCACACCCCGGAAGGCAGGUGGGGCGGGGCGAGCAGGCCAGCCUUUCAUGCCCCUUCCUCUGCCUCCGUCUCCUUGUCUGGGAAAUGGGCCCAGCGACCCCCAAAAUGUAUCCCGGCAGUGGGAAUGCUUCACAAGGCAGCCCCUGGCUCGCUGGGACCAGUGCAAUAGACGCCCCACCUGGGUCCUGCUUCCUCCAUCACCCCACCCCACCCAGUCUGUCCUCAUCCUCAUCCAGGCCUCUGUGAGGGUCUCUCCUUCCUGUGGACCUCUGUCUCCAUGUCCCCUCCCAGUGAGGUCAGGUCCGGUCCAGUUCCCAGCUCGACACCUCCUAGCUCUGCUCGCAGCUCAGCUUCUACCUUCACUGUUCCCACCACGGGAUGGCCUGUUGAUUUCACGUGUCUAUCUUGUCUUCGGCCUGUCUCCCCUCGUGCAACGUGACCCCCCGGGGGGCAGGGAUUUUUUUUGCCUCAGUGGGCCUCGGUGUGUUCCCAUCUCCCAGGACAGAGCCAGCCUUGAACCAGGCCCCAAGUUUGUCAGGUGAAUUAAUGAAUGUGACCACCAUCUUCACCCUAAACCUCCCACUGCUCCGCCCUUCGUGGGCAGGGACCACCCGGGCUGAGCGUCUCCAGGGAGUCAGAUGAUUCUGAAAAGGCCCAGCCGCGGUCAGACCCCCCAGGUAUAACAUACGGAUAGUCAAUCCUUCAGUGAAUGAAAGUGAGUCAGUUCUGCUCAGUCCCAGCUGCCUUCCCAGGGAUGCUGUACACACAGGAGCAUCCUCCGUGGCCAGAGGGGCUGCAUCCCGAGGACCCGGGGCUGACCGCCGGCCUGGGCCUGGGUGUGCACAGGAGCUUGCUCCUCCCCUAGCAGCCCUCCACGCAGACCCCCGGGUGAGCGUGCCCUUGCCCCUCUCUGCCAGCGCCUGUACUCGUCCCCCGCCAUGAGGUCACCGUCAGAGGCAGCCCGGUCCCCGAACCAGGGGCUCACUCAAGCUCCUGGACCCUCCCCGCCCUCCCACCCCCACUGCUGUCCCCACUGGCCCCCACGCUGACACGCUGGCCCAUCCCAGGCCCACAGGAGCGCAGGCGUGGCGGUGGGUGGUAGGCGGGGGCAGGAGGCCACCCCCAGCGUGAGUCACCGUUGGUUCUGCUCACUCCCUGCUGGGUUCGAACGCUGGUGAAUGAGGGAUGGGGCAGACGCCCAGCCCAGCAGGCUCACAUCCCUGUGGCCCAGAGAGGGACGGGGUCGUAUCUGGGCCCGGCCAUGGGGUUCAGGUCCCAACUUAAGCUUCGAUGGCAUUUAGGGCCUGGCUCCGGUGCAGGGGCUGGGGAGAGACACAGCUGCGUCUGAUCACUCAGAGACCCGCAGGGGCCUGAGCAGCCCCACCCCUGAUACACACAUACACACACGAGGAUUUGCUCUUCUCUCCCCAAGAGGCCCCGAAGGAGUGCAUCGUGUCCCCCACACUGACACAGUGGCCGUCACACCACCC